AUGAUGUUCCGGCGCAUUGGUGUAAGUCUCUUCGUUGCGGCCUCAAUGGCUGGCAGUUCUCUGGCACAGUCAGCGGCCGACCUGAUCUCUCUGGUACCGAAAUGCGCACUUCCAUGCGUAACCAAUGCUGUCCUGACUGGAAGCUGCCCCUUGACGAAUGUUACCCUACUGUCCGACUGUCUAUGCACAAACGUGACACUACAGUCCUCUCUCUCAACCUGCGUCCAAACCUCUUGUGUCUUUAGCGACCAGGUCGAUGCCGGCAACAUGCGCUUGGCGCUUUGCGCCGCCUAUCCGAAGGAAUCGCGAGUCUUUGAGGUACGGGUGGCCGCCAUCGCAACCCUGGCCGUCUCAACAGUUAUCGUAGCGAUGCGAUGCGCCGCACGGAUCAGCAUCACCGGCCGGCUAUGGAGCGACGAUUGGACAGCUAUCUUAGCGACCGUGUUCUUGGUUGUGGGUGCCGGCCUCGAACUGGCGAGCGCCGAGCUGGGUUUCGGUAUGCACUUCUGGGACGUUGACGUGCGGAACGCCACCAAGCUGCUGCAGAUGUUCUACGUGGUCGAGAUCAUAUACACCUGGAUCAAGCUGAUUGCCAAGGUCUCCAUUAUCAUGCUAUUCAUGCGCGUCUUCACCGGCACCGGACACGGAAAUAAUCGCUGGUUCCGCUGGGCUUGCUAUGCGUGCUUGGGGUAUUGUGCCAUUAGUCUCACAACAUUCACGUUCGUCAUUGCGUUUCAGUGCCAACCGGUCGAAGCCAUCUGGAACAGAUUCGUCUCUGGCAAGUGCAUUGACGUCAAUGCGAUUGGGUAUAGCGGUGCGAUCAUGUCGGUGGUGGAAGACUUGGUAUUGAUGAUUCUGCCGAUAUCUGAGCUACGAAAGCUGCAGAUCGGUGGUCGCAAACGGAUUGGCGUUGGCAUCAUGUUCGCGCUGGCGUCCUUUGCCGCGGUUACGAGUAUGGUCCGGCUCAAGUUUCUGGUCCAGUUCAGUAAAACCUUCGAUACGACUUACCCUGUUGUCUGGUCUCUUAUCGAGCUAACUUGCAUUAUUGUGUGCGGUUCCCUGCCACCCAUGCGACCGUGGUUAGGCAAAUUAAUGCCACCGUUGACCAUCACCAAAUCUGGAGUUACCUGGAAAGGAAAGAGCUCUGCAAACGAUGCUACCACGAACCAAGCAGACUCUAAAGCCACGGAACUCUCGAACUUCUCGAGGCCGCGACGUAUAUCACGCCUUGGCAACGUCGGCAGCUUCCCCAACCACUACAAGGAGCCGGUCAGCCCGGGCGGUGACGAGUAUCCUCUGAGACCUACAGACCCUCAAAAGAUGUGGAGCCAGACUUGA